UGCCUAGCAGUCCCUUUUUUAUGGCUCCUUAGCAACUCACCGGAAUUGUGCCGGUCUAAAAGAAACACAGAUGAUCCCUUUUCCUUGUGUGUCGCUACUCUGCACGGAUCCCUGAUGAUGAGAGGCGCCUAGCAGUCCCUUGUGCACACGCACGGCCAGCGCCUCGCCGAUGCUUUCCCGAACCCAAAUCAGCGACGCCGAUGGCGCGACCGCCGGAGGUCGCCGCGACCACAAGUGCACUUUGCGCUGCCAUAUGACUGAACAAGUUAGCCGAGCCUCACCUUUCCACAGCACGACAUGCCUUGCCGCCGCAUCCCGUCGAGGCGUCAAACACCCACGCUGACCGCCGCCGCCGCCGCCGCCCACCCAAACCUCCCGCCGAGCCCCGCCCGCCGCCAGCCAUGGAGGCCCGCCUCCUCAAGACCCGACCGUUCCACGCCAUCUUCUCAGACGCCACCACCUCCCGCGCCGCACGCAACCUGUUCGACGCGGUGCCGCGCCCGGCCCCGGCGCUCUGCAGCACCUUCCUCUCCUCGCUCUCCAGGGCCUCCUCCCACCAUGAUCUCCUCCAAACCUUCUCGUCGAUGCAUCGCAAGGGCGCCUACGUCCCGUCCGGCUGCGUCCCGCUUGUUUUCAAGUCGUGCGCGCUCACCGCGUCGUCCUGCCAGGGCAGGCAGGUGCACUGCCAUGCUCUUGUCCGUGGGCUGCUUGGGGACGUCUUUGUGCUGACAGCCCUGGUGGAUUUCUAUGCCAAGAACGGAGACAUGGAGUCUGCCGUCAGCGUCUUUGACGAGAUGCCGGUGAAGGACCCGAUACCUAUAAACUGUUUGAUCACCGGAUAUUCAAAGGCUGGUGAUGUGGAUAAGGCCAGGAGGCUAUUUGACGGUAUGGAGAGGAGGACGUCCGCUUCGUGGAAUUCAAUGAUCGCCUGUUAUGCUCAUGGUGGGGAAUUCCGGGAAGCAUUGACGUUGUUUGAUCGGAUGCUGAGUGAGGGUGCAAGACCAAACGCUAUCACCAUCACGUCGGUAUUUUCAAUAUGCGCCAAGUCUGGAGAUCUUGAUACUGGCAAGCGUGUAAGGGAUCUGAUCGGUGAGGACGACUUGCAGAACGUGAUAGUGCACACAGCUUUGAUGGAAAUGUAUGUAAAGUGCCGGGCCAUCGACGAUGCACGUCGGGAGUUUGACCGGAUGUCGCAGAGAGAUGUCGUGGCAUGGAGCACCAUGAUUGCAGGUUAUGCGCAGAAUGGCAGGCCACUAGAAUCUCUAGAACUGUUUGAGAGGAUGAAGGCAACCGAUUGCAGGCCAAAUGAAGUGACGCUUGUUGGCGUGAUAUCCGCGUGUGCGCAGCUGGGUUCCGACGAAUUAGUUGAGCAGAUUGGGAACUAUGCUGAGAACCAGAGACUACCACUUACGAGUUACCUAGGAUCUGCGCUAAUCGACAUGUACACCAGGUGCGGGCAUGUUGGAAGAGCCCGGAGUGUCUUCAGCCGGAUGGAACAAAAAGGGGUCAUCACUUGGAACUCCAUGAUCAGAGGCCUAGCAAUGAAUGGCUUUGCCGAAGAUGCAAUCAGCUUGUAUGAAAAAAUGGCGGAAAACGGGGUCCAGCCCAAUGAGAUCACCUUCGUUGCACUGCUAGCAGCAUGUACGCAUGCUGGCCUGGUAGACCAAGGUAUGGCAUUCUUCGAAGAGAUGAAGAGAGAACACCUUGUUUCCCCUCAAGUGGAGCACUGCGCAUGCAUAGUGGACCUCCUGUGCAAAUCCGGCGGACUGUGGGAGGCGUACAAGUUCAUCUGUGACAUGGAAGUCGAACCAAACGCGGUGAUCUGGACCACACUGCUCAGUUCCUGCAGAGCCCAUGCCGAUGUCGAGCUCGCCAAGCUUGCCUCGAGGAAGCUCCUGGCAAUGGAGCCUGACAACUCCUCAAUCUACGUCCUCCUGUCCAAUAUCUACGCGGAUGCCGGCCUCUGGGGUGAUGCGAGGGAGAUCAGGGACCUGAUGAGGAGCAAGAACGUGCAGAAGCUGUCUGCCUACAGUUGGAUAAAGCUGGAUGGUGAGGUGCACAAGUUCCUGGUGCAAGACACAUACCAUCCGAGAUCAGCUGAGAUUUACGACGUCAUCCACGGCUUGGGGUUGCUCCUGGACCGAGCCGACUCUGAUCCCGACCUGCUAGUUUCAGAGCUCUGUUGAACUUCUAUUUUUGACAGCUGAGAGCUCUGUUUUUUUUUGGAAGGAACACAAAGCAUUACGUUAACUAGACGAGCUGGACUCGCCAGCAGACAAGUUCUUUUACAUAUCUUGGAAAGGGAUCAAGACAAAUCUGAUUGAUUCUUGACUCCAUACAUACACUAUAAGUAGCUCAACAAUGUGCAGAAACAUUACAAAUCCGUGAGCAAGCUUCUACCUUACACAA